GUUAACAAUUUUCCCGCUGGGAAAACAUCAGUAGCAAACAAGCUAAAAGGAAAAUCUGCUGCUAAAAUUACUAAUUUUCAAAACGAAGAAUAUUUUGAAGAGGAUUUUGAAGCACCUGGUUCAUCGAUGUCAGGUGGUUUAGGACGUUUACCGAAUGAGGAAGAUCGAGAGGAUAAUCUCUGGAAUGUGCCAAAUGAUGCUGCAGGACCCGGAUUUGCUCCGAUGGCACCAACAGAUCGUUGGCUAGACGGUCUAAAUGCUAAAGUUGGCGAUUGUGUAUUAUAUCGAGGUGAAGCAUGUCGAGAAUAUCUCACUGGUCGGCAUGUUAUGAUCAUUAGCGAUAAUCGAGAAGAUAUGUAUGAUGUCGAUCGCAAUCUGCGAGCAGCAAUGAUGUUCAUCAACAAUAGUCCUGAUAUAUCAGCUCAGUGCAAGCAUUAUUCCCACGCAGUUGCAUGUUAUCAUAUGUAUAAGGUAUGUGACAAAUCAUCUGGGAAAGAUCAUGAAGCUUCAUCUGGAAUGUCUCACAUACUAACAAUUUGCAGAAAAGAUUGUGAUGCAUUGCAGGCAGAUUUAUGUCCAAAAGAAUUAGCACUAGCCGCUGAACACGAUUUAGUUGGUGAUGAUUCUAAAGCUCUUCUUCCAAAAUGCCAGUCAUUAAAUCCGAAAGCAGAUUAUUGCAUACCGAUUAUUAAUGUCCCUGAUCAGUUUGAAAAUAAUGCAGGAUCAUUAUCAGAUGCCACCUCGAAAGAUUCAUUACAUUGGUGUUACGUAAAUAGUGGAAAAACAUAUGAUGGUAAUGUUUCUUCCACAAAAACUGGAAAACGCUGCAUGAAUUGGGCGCAAAGUUUUUCAAGGGAAUUCAAUAUAGACCGAUAUCCAUUACUACGAACUAGUAAAAAUUAUUGUCGUAAUCCUGGUGGCAAAAAAAGUUCGCCUUGGUGUUUCACGCAUCCAAAUGGCCAAGAAGAGUACUGUGAAAUUAAGCAAUGCCCUACUAAAGUAUAUCCUUAUUUACGUGAUCGAGAAAUUAUGGGAACUAUUAAUGACGAUGGUUCUGUGAUAAGUGAUGUAUCGGAUAUGUGGUCUAAUUUGUCGUCUCAGUGGCAACUGGCAGUACUUGGGGGUCUUGGUUUUCUCAUCUUUUCGUUAAUUAUACUAUGCUCUUAUUGUUGUUGUCGUAAAAAACGUAAAGAAGCAGCUACAACUGGCACUUCAUCAAUUAUCAAAAAUAAUGGUUUACAAAGUUGUAAUGGGUGUAGUACUGCCAAUAGCGCUGUAAAUAGUACAUAUUAUCGGAAAUUAAAUGGUACAUUAAAUACGGAUCCAAGCAAUUGUGGUUUUGAACUUUCAUCAUUAAUACAAGCGCCAAAUAACGGUAAUACACUAAUGCAACAUCAUCAUUCUGGUAGUUACGCCCAGUAUAGUCCUAGACCAUCUACUGAUCAAUCUGUUGAACCGUACCAUAUUCCUGAAAUACAAUCUAAUCAGUUAGAAAUCGGUGAUUUGCUUGGUGAGGGCCAGUUUGGUGUCGUGCACAGUGCUAAUUGGCAUGGAUCGCUUCUGAAUGGAGAACCUGUACAAGUAGCAGUAAAGUCAUUAAAACCAGGACAUAGUGUCAUAGACAGGCAAAAUUUCGAGGAAGAAAUCCGUACUGUAGCACCGUUUAAUCAUCCAAAUGUCGUACGUUUGCUUGGAGUAUGUUACUUUGAUACCCAGCAGUUAAGUGCUGUAUUCGAAUAUUUGGUACAUGGAGAUUUACAUGACUUUUUACGUCUCAGAGCACCGAAAAGCAGUGGAUACGAGCAAGUUGUCGAUCAAGAGCGAAUUAUUGCUGAUAAUGAGGACUUCUUACGUAUCUCUCUUCAAAUAGCAUAUGGUAUGCAAUAUUUGGCGAGUAUGAAUUUUGUACAUCGUGAUUUAGCAGCUAGAAACUGUUUUGUGGCCGAUCAGCGAGGGAUCAAAAUUGCUGAUUUUGGACUGGUUCGAAGUUGUUAUGAAAAGGAUUAUUACAAGGUAAUGCAUCGAACUUGGUUACCAGUGCGUUGGAUGCCUCGUGAAGCAAUUCAGUAUGGUCGUUUUAGUGAAGCAAGUGAUAUUUGGUCAUUUGGUGUUACAUUAUGGGAGAUAUAUUCGUACGGAAGGCAGCCUUAUGAAGGUUACUCUCAUCAAGAUGUCAUCGAACUGAUCUCUGUGCGUAGUCUGUUGGAAUGCCCUCAGAAUUGUCCAACUAAUAUUUAUAGUUUAAUGGUGGAAUGCUGGCAUGAACAUCCAGAACGGCGACCUACAUUCAGAGAACUUUAUUCUCGUCUUCAAACUUGGUCACUGACUAGUCCAUCACAAUCUCUUCUAUCACAUCAACAAAAUCAUUCAAGCAGUUCACACUCGGAUGCAAGUAAUGCUAAAAAUCGAGGUAGUAGGCAAUCUUCAUCGACUCCAUCAGUAAGCCUGUUGCGAGGUACAACUGGUAAUACUUCGGUUGGAACUGGACCAAGUAUGAGUACAGCACCUUUUUCAGUACCUUCACCAGCUCCGAUGCAAACAGUGAUGACAUUGAAUGGCGUCCAUCCUUAUCAAGUUGGAGGUGCCCAUUUGAAAUCAAGUGGUAAUUACGGUCGUUCCCCUAAAACUCGACUCCAUAAUGUAGCAACGGGGACGACUAACGCUGACGCAACAGCAACAGCAUCUUUAAUUAGACAUCCAGUACAGUCAAAUUUCAAUUAUUCUGGAGAUGAUGCAGCAAGUGAAGAGUCCGAUUAA